GAUUGGAUAGCUCCAGAUUUGUUUUAGACAUGGCCGAAACAGCAAGAGAAGGACCGCAAGGUGGACCGUAUUUUCACAAAGAGAGAAUUAAAUACAGCCCCGAGGAGGAGGCCAGGCUGGAAAGGGAGCAUUUCUGGAGAAUAAUCGAUGCCUUUAGGUUUUACAGAGUUCAUGUCGAGGAGCAGGUUAAGCGUGCCAAGCUUCAGUUUCGGAGUCUGCCACAGCACCACCAGGAUUUGCUGCCAGAUGUUUUGUCUAACCUGGCGCGAAUCAGCCAGUGUGCAGACUGCAACCAGGAGCUGCUGCAGGCCAUUGUUCACAACAGCCUCCACAUGUUUGAGAACAUUGAAUACGGCGAGAGGGAGGAUCCAAAGAAGUUGCGACCGUCCACUACGUUUGACAUGGACAAACUCAAGUCCACCAUAAAGCAGUUUGUCAGAGACUGGAGCGAGGUGGGCCGGGCUGAGAGGGACUCCUGCUACCGGCCAAUCAUCCAAGAGAUCCAAAGACUCUUCCCAAGUGACCAAUAUGAUGUGUCUAAGGUGAGCGUGCUGGUUCCGGGUGCUGGGCUCGGCCGGCUUGCCUGGGAAAUCGCUCGGCUCGGCUACAUUUGCCAAGGCAACGAAUGGAGCUUCUUCAUGCUCUUCUCUUCAAACUUUGUUCUCAAUAGGUGUGAACAGGUGAACUCGCUGACCCUGUACCCCUGGAUCCACCAGUUCAGCAACAACAAGAAAUUCUCCGACCAAACGCGACCAAUCAGGUUCCCCGAUGUCAACCCUCAGAGCUUACCACAGAAUGCAGACUUCUCCAUGGUGGCAGGAGACUUUGUGGAAGUCUACAGUGACUCAGAUUCCUGGGACUGUGUGGCUACCUGCUUCUUCAUCGACACAGCUCACAAUGUCAUCGAGUAUGUGGAGACUAUCUGGAAGAUUCUUAAGCCUGGUGGAGUGUGGAUCAACUUGGGCCCACUGCUGUACCACUUUGAGAACAUGGCCAACGAGCUCUCAGUUGAACUUUGCUACGAAGACAUUCGAAAGGCGAUCGUUAAGUUCGGCUUCCAAAUAGAGCUGGAGAAGGAGUCGGUUCAGACCACCUACACGGAAAACGACCGCUCCAUGUUGAGAUACGUUUACGACUGCAUCUUCUUUGUGGCGCGUAAGCCCGCAGAUCUGUACUCUAACGGCCAAGAAGAUGACCAACAACAGAGUUUUCCGCCGGCCGCUAAGUCACCACGGUGGGAAGAUGCCGACAGCCUGACGUGACAGGAAGUACUCACACAUAAACAAUGAACUCAGAGGACUAAGUGAAGAUCAGACACACAAGAAGAAAAUGUACACAGCAGGAAAAAAAUCAGUGCACAUAAAUUUUCUUUUCAUCACAUGUAUACGUAUUUUUAUGUUUCAUCUCAUGGAGGUGAAACAUAAAAUCUGUCGGGGCCCCGUUUUCCUGGGACAGUGAAGCAGCUGAGUAUGGCUCAGAUUUUAGAAUGUAAUAUGAAAUAUUGCAGUACUGCGUUAUGAGUAUCAGAUGAGAAACUUCUGAGUAUUUAUGCCCAGGUUUGAGAAGAGCCGAUCACGCUCUGUUGCUGCUUUGUUUUAGUGGUUUGUGUGUCAGCUGCAAGAGUAGAUUUCUUUUAACCGCGGUUUUACUAAUCCUCAUGUCUGCUGACUUUAACUGCCUGAUGAUUUGCUUUAGAAAUCUAUUUAUUUUUUUGCAAGUAUGGUGCCAGUAAGUAUGUUUACUAUUAUUACUAUUUGUCUUUGUUAUCAGCCAACACUGAAAAUACAAGCAAAACGCGUUUCAGCUUUUUAGGAGUAACUUGUUUUAAAGAUGGAGACGAUUUUCAUCGACUUCUCUGGUUUCUAAUCACACUUUUCAAUAAAGUCACACGUUUUAAAAAAAUAUA